AUGGUUCUCCAACGCUUCAAGCUUAUGCUAGUUUACAUUCGACAUUUGAUACCAAUUGCCUGGACCCUGCUCUCCGAGAAAGCAAAGGGACUCUUUCAUAAACUGACAUACCGGACAACCGAGUCUUGCAAGAAUGUAGUCAUAAUUGGAGGCUCAUUCAGCGGACUUUAUUUAGCCCAGAAGCUGAUUCAAUCUCUCCCUACCGGUCAUAGGGUGGUCUUGAUUGACAAGAACUCCCACUUCAACUACACAUUCAACUUUCCUCGCUACUCAGUCCUGCAGGGCCAUGAGCACUUGGCUUUUAUCCCAUACGAUGGCAUUGCCAAAGAUGCUCCAGUCGGUAUAUAUCAACAUGUCCGUGGGCUUGUUACCUCCGUUACUAGGGAUACAGUCACUUUGGAGACUGGAGAGAUAAUCCCAUAUACUUAUCUUGCCUUUGCAACCGGCGCAACUCAGAAACCUCCUGCAGGAUUGUUAGCCACCGAGGCUCAAGAAGGAUGUACUGAAUUACGGGAUAGGCAGAAAUCCAUCAUGGAAGCGAAGAAUAUUGCUGUGAUUGGGGGUGGGGCAGUGGGGGUUGAACUGGCAACUGAUAUCAAAAGCUACUAUCCAGAAAAGAGUGUGACAUUGAUUCAUUCGCGCGAACGCCUCCUCCCACGAUUUGGCGGUCAAUUGCAUGAGAACGUGAUGGAUGCGCUUCAAAAACUAAACAUAGAGGUGCGGUUGGGAGAACGACCCAAGCUACGCUUCAGAAACGAAAAAGGAGAGUCGGAGCAAGAAAAGGACCAAUCGUUGCUUUUCUCAGACGGCAAGGUUGUUGCAUACGACUUAAUUGUCCCCUGCACGGGUCAUCGCCCCAAUUCCGACCUUGUCGCCAACCUUGAACCGGAUGCUAUCUCCAAAUCUACAGGUCGUAUCCUUACCCAACCCACCCUUCAGAUCGUCAGCAAAGAUGGACAGAAUCCUAGAGUUUUUGCUCUCGGUGAUGUAGCCGAGACAGAAGGCACUUUGAUGGCCCGAUCAGCAUAUUUCCAGGCACGAGUAGUGGGAGAGAACAUUCUCAGUAUGAUUCGAGGGAGUGACCCAAAGGCAAAAUAUGUGCCAAACCUUGCCAUUGAGGGGGCACUAAAAUUAACUGUAGGCAAGUCGGACUGGCUCAUGUAUGUGAAGCCUGCUGAUAGUGACGCAAUCAUUGACUCCGGAAACAACGGCAAUGAAGAUUUGGAUAUACACGUAGCCUGGAAACACUUUGGUGGAGAUAUCAAGAAUGCUAAUAGCUUGGCUGAAAAGUUGAGCUCGGUACAGUAA